AUGCCGUUCUUCAACGAAAACAGCUGGGCCCACCACAAGCCUGCCGCAUCAUCACCUCUAUCAUCCUCGCCCAUCCGGCCCUCCGCCCCGCUCUCCCCGGUCAACAGAAACUCGAUGAACCAAAGAAAUUGCUUCUCUUCGCCACCGGAGCCAAAAUCCAAGUUCGCCACGAGGCAGACGAAGCCGAACCCGCUGCUCCGGAAGCGUGAGGAAGGGCAGGAGACGAGACGGCAGCUCUUCCUAAGGACGGUUCGCGGUCGCGCGGAUGAUAGGGCUUGGGAGAGGAGGUCGAUAGAAGGACAUGCUUUGAGACGGUGGUACGAAGAGGAGCAGCAAAUCUACCGCCAAAAGGAGAAUGACGUAGCCGGCAUGCCGACCGAAGAGGAUCUCGAGGAUGCAAUCACUAUGGUGGAUCAGCAAGAUCAACUGGAGGCCAUGGUCCCAGAGGAUCUCGACGACAUGAUGGUUGACGAAAUUGCGAGGCAGGAAGAAUUGGAACUUGAGGCUCUGCUAGCGUCCUACGAGCAACCGUCGCCACCACUCAGUUCAAACUCGCAAGAAGGCCUGCCACAACGACCUCCCUCGCCAUAUUAUUCAGACGAUGAAGAGUAUGACCAGAUUUUCAUGGAACUGGCGGAAAAUGAUCUUGGGGAAGCUGGGGAGGACACGGAGAUGUCUUAG